AUGGUUGAACAAGGCCGAGGUCAGGUGACCCAAGAGGCCGGCAAGGAGCAGGUGCUGCGGGAGCUUGCGCGCAUCAUCGAUCCUGACUUUGGGCAGGACAUAGUCUCCUGCGGGUUUGUGAAGAACCUGGCGGUUGACCCCGAGGCUGGGCAGGUGCAAUUUGCCCUGGAGCUGACCACGCCUGCCUGCCCCAUCAAGGACGAGUUUGAGCAAAAGGCUCGCCAGUAUGUCGGCCAGCUGGAGUGGGUGGAACAGGUUGACGUAACCAUGACAGCUCAGCCGCAGCGGCCACUCGCACCGGACGACGGCCGAGUGGGAGGCUUAAAGGAUGUCACCCACAUCAUAGCUGUGUCCAGCUGCAAGGGAGGGGUGGGGAAGUCGACGGUGGCGGUGAACCUGGCGUACACCCUCGCGCAGAUGGGCGCCAAGGUGGGCAUAUUUGACGCUGACGUGUACGGCCCAAGCCUGCCCACGAUGGUCAGCCCGGAGGUCAGGGUAUUAAUUAUGGACCCUGAGACUCGCACCAUCAACCCCACCGAGUACGAGGGCGUCAAAUUGAUGUCCUUCGGCUUCGCCGGCCAGGGCAGUGCCAUCAUGCGCGGUCCCAUGGUUUCAGGUGUUAUCCAGCAGCUACUGACGUCUGCGAACUGGGGCAAGCUGGACUACUUGGUCGUGGACUUUCCUCCCGGCACUGGAGACAUCCAGCUCACCCUCUGUCAGACGGUGCAAUUUUCUGCGGCAGUGAUAGUGACAACGCCCCAGAAGCUGGCCUUCGUGGACGUGGCAAAGGGCAUCCGCAUGUUUGCGCGAAUGGCCGUCCCAUGCGCGGCCGUCGCCGAAAACAUGUCCUUCUUCGACGGCGACGACGGCACGCGCUACCACCCCUUCGGCACCGGCUCGGGGGACCGGAUAAAAGCGGACUUCGGCAUCCCGCACCUCGUUCACUUCCCAAUCCUCCCGGAGCUCUCUGCCGCCGGCGACGGUGGGCGGCCGUUGGUGGUGUCAGAUCCUGCGUCAGUGCCUGCGGAGUCGUUCAUGGAGUUGGGCGCCAUUGUGGUGCGCGAGGUCGCCAAGCUGCAGCGCGCCCAACGCAACGCCGUCAGGUACGACGAGGACCUGAGGGCGUUUGUUGUGAGCCUGCCGGACAGCGGCCGCCCAGAGUUCUACCUGCAUCCGGCAGUGGUCAGGCGCAACGACACGAGCGCGAAGAGCAUCAACGAGUGGACGGGGGAGAAGAUUCUGAACGAUGCUGACGUGGCGGAUGACGUGGCGCCGGCUUCCGUGCAGCCGCUGGGCAACUACGCCGUCCAGAUCUCCUGGCAGGACGGCCUCAACCAGGUGGCACCAUUUGAGCUGCUGGCUGGACUGCCUGAGAUGGAUGCAAGCUUGGCUGUGGCGGCAUCACACCUAUGA